UUAGACAGGUGACCUUGUUCACUUUUUUGUUGGUACAAAAUUUUGUCAAAUGUAUACCAUUUUGGGAUAUAUGACUUCUAUUUUCAUCACUUCUUAAGCUAUGUUUUAUCCAUGCAGUGGUCAGAGAAGAGAGGGGUCCAUAUUCCGAUCCUCAACAUCCCUACUUCUACGAGGAAGAUGAAGUAUGGAUGGCACCAGGCUUUAUCAAUCAAUUUUAUGAAGUUCCGGAUUAUUGGAAAAUGUAUGUCCAUGAGGUGGAUCAAGAGAGAGAGAUGUGGCUGAACUCAUUCUAUAGAGCUCCAUUACGGCUACCUAUGCCUGCCGAGCUUGAAUACUGGUGGUCUAAAGAUGAAAAACCAGAAUUUAUUCUCAUUAAUAAAGAACCAGAACCUGAUCCUGAAGAUCCAUCAAAACUCAAAUACACGGAGGAUCCCCUCAUCGUACACACUCCAACAGGAAGAAUUAUCAACUAUGUGGAUGAUGAAGAACAUGGUAUCCGCUUAUUUUGGCAACCUCCUCUAAAGGAAGGGGAAGAUAUCGACCCAGACAAGGCUGAGUUCCUACCCCUUGGGUUUGAUGAGUUCUAUGGACGAGAAGCAAGUGUCAAGAAAGGCAACUGGUGGGAGUCUCUUGUAACAUCUGUAGAAAAUGCCUGUAGACCAAUGUUGGACAAAUUGGAGAAAUGGACUGAAGAAAAGAAGAAAGACAGUGAGACAAAGAUGGAGCUAUUGAAGAAGGAACUUGAAUUGGUGGAAGCUGAAUUGUCUCUGAAGGAGGCCAUGGAAGACUUGGAUGAGGAAUUGAAGAGAAUGCAGAAAGAAGCUGAAAAGAAAGUGGAACAUGGGCUUGAUGAGGAUGAUAUUGUAUCUGAAGAAGUAAGCCCAUUAGAGAAAACUUACCCUGAAGCUGAAGAGGAUGAGGAUGAAGAUGAGGAAGAGGAAGAAGAUGAUGCCCCUUCAAGUUUUGGAUCAAUUGAAGAUCAAAAAUCGGUAAACAAUGAUCAGACGGGAAAUAAAUCUGGAAAGUCGACAUUUGCAGCAUCCUCCUUAGCAUUUGCUACUUCUGGGCUUCUCUCAACGACAGGUUCCAUGGAAGUUACAGCAGUCAUAUUUAAGGUGGAAGGAGGGGAAACUUCAACAGCAGGCAGCUUCGUCGACUAUUCCAUCAUUCCAGUCUCAUCAGCUGCCUCCUGAGAGAUCGAGUCCAAGUUCCGUCAGCUUUCCACUUGCGACUGGCAGAAGUUGGAGAAUGAGAUUUGCACUGCAAAUAAAUCAUCAAUGUGAACCGAUUACCAAGAUGCACUUCAGAAAUCACUCGAAAAGGAAAGCUUCCAUAGAGAAAGGAAGAGAUCUAGAGCACAACUUAAACAUAUUAUCCUUGCAUACCCCAGUUCUUAUGUAGUAUCCAAGUGUCCAAUCUCUUGACAGGAUCAAUUUUGUAGUUCCUGCGGUCAAUUGUUUUUCCUUUUGAGCUAGCAUUUCAAUAUACACAAUGUUUCACUUCAAUUGAGUGAAUGUGCUAUGGUUUUGCCUGACUGACAUUAAGGUCAGCAAAUAAUCUAAUGUGAAAUUGUUCUGAA